AUGAUCGGCGAUAACUUGACUGAGGACGAAAGCGACAACAGCCUUUUUGAUGGAAGAAUAAAAUUCUUCAAGAGUGACGGAAGCAACUCGUUCCACAGCGUAGAACCGGUUGUCGCGAGUGAUGACGAGGAUGCGGAAGAGAAGCAUGAUGAAGAUGAACCGGGAUGGCCUGACGAUCUGGAAGAAGCCGGGGGACACGGCACAUGCACACCCCUGGGGGAAAAAUUAAAAGAGGAGCAGCACCACUCCUCCCUAACGCGAACCACUACUGUAGAUAAUUAUACGCCCAGCAGCAACCACCUUAUGGAAUAUAAAAAUAUAAUUCUUACGUUAAAAAAAUUUAAUGAGAGCGUCGACUCCGCAUUUGAUUGUAACAUUGUCAACCUGUUUGUGGAGGAAGAGGGGAGGCAAAAAAUCGUGGAAAAAAAAAGAAAUCGGCUAAGGGAGGAAGUAGAAGCAGAGCCGCAGAAGGAACAGGUAAAAGGAGAGCCGAAAAACGACCAAGUAAAAGGAGAGCGACAAGAAGAACAGAAAAAAAUAGCUAAACUGGGAAAAGAAAGAAAAAAAAUAUUAAAUGCCCUACUACCACUUGAAAGUUGUAACGUUUCUGUAAAAGGGUGCAACAGUAGGGAGCAACGAAUCGGGCAGCUGCCAAGAAACGACAGAUCAGUUGGGGGUGUAGAGGAAUUCGCCGGAGGGGUCGUACUACAUAGGGCGCGGUGCGUAAGUCGACAGCGCCAUCAUGAUUCGAAUCGUAGCCUGGAAGAGGAAGAAGCGGAAGAAGCCCAAGAAGAAGCAGCGGCGGAAGUAGAAGCAGGGGCUGGAGUGGAAGUCAAGCCAGCGCGCAACUCGCUGCGUCGAAAGGGAGAGCACCUCGAGGGGAACGAGAGGGUACACAUCCGUGUGCGCCAUCUCGUAACCGGCAGCCAUUUUAUCCGAAAAGCUGCCACGUGUAAAGGGAGCAGUCCGUUGUGCACACAAGGCUUCAACUCCAGUACGUGCAGCAUGACGAGCAACGCGGGUGGUAGUAGCACCGCGAAGUGGGGGAUCGAACCGGUGGAGGAGGCGAGCGUUGAAUUUGCCAUAGAAGCGGUUGACCCAUUUAGCAAACGUACAGGCGCAGAUGAUCGAGGGGAGGAUAAAACGCCCUGCAGUGAAGACGCAGACCCACUCGAAGGGAUGGAUGGAAAAAUCUCAUCGGGGAAAAGAAAACUGGGUGACGACGAAGAUGAGGAGUUAAACAGGCCCCUCUGCGGAAAUGACGACGAUGGGAAGGAAAAGAGUAGCCCAAAUGCAAGGCCAAGUGGUAGUCCAUAUGGAACUCCCAAAGAUCAUGCCGAACGGAGGAGCAUAAAGAGCAGUGCUCCAUUUUUCCGGUCACCAUCUUACCACGAUAUUUCGGAUAACUACUCUGCGGUGUACUCAAGUAGAAAAAGCGCAGAGGGAUGCUACACGUGGAGAGGAAAAUCAGUCAAGUUAGAAGACAGCGCUGAACAGAGCGAAGCAGGGAGCACGCCAUUUUGUGUACCUUCCAGUUUUGCAGAUAAAAGGUUGGAUGGGAAAGAGUUUCCCUUUUUGUGUUAUUAUGGAUGCGGAGGGGAUGCUUUGCAGCCCCGGUUGAGACAGAGAAAGUGGAGUGUCCAAAGUGGGAAAACCAUGGAGAAGCGGAUAACCAUCCGGAGGAGGAGAAAAAGUGUGCCAAGUGAAUACACAUGCAGGAGGAGGGUUUCUUCCGGCACAGACAUAUCAAACAUAGCCAACAAGAAAAACGAAGAAGUGGUGGAAGGACUGAAUCCAUAUGAUGUCGAAGGAACGAACCAGAGUGAAAAUCCGUUUUACAUUUGGAGUAACAAGCACUAUCGUGGUGGCUGUUUUACUAACGAGGAGGUAUUCCCAAAGUUUAAGCCGCUUAGUAAUGGCAUGGAAGAGACGCAUAAUGAUGAGCUUCAUUUUAUCAACACAUCAGUGAGGAAGUCAAACUGCGAUUUUCACCGUGGAGCGUUAAGUAGAAAUGUAUACCUCUCCAAAAGUAGUGCAAAGAAGGAGGAAUCCUAUGUGGGUAAAUCACAGGGGGGGGGGUUAAACCCCUGGGAGGACCCAAGGGAAGGCCAAGUUAAACGUGAAUGUGGACACGAUGGAGAAGUUUACACCAAAGAGGGAAUAGGAAGAAUUCCCUUUUUGUCACCCUCCGCAGGAAUGUACAGCCGAGACACUGUGGAAAAGGAUGAUUUCAUCGUUAGAGGCGGCUGCCCUCCGCUAUUCCCCCCGUUUAAAGGCUUAAAGGUUAACUAUGGCAGUUCGGGGGACUUGUCCUGGAGGGCCAGCGACGGGGGCGGACAGCAUCGCCAAGGGGAGAAGCAUCACCCACUGGAGAAGAAUCCCCAACCGGUGGAGGCCGGCCAAGCGGAGCCCAGCAAGAGGUGGAGCGGCUUCCAGGCAGAGAAAGAUAUCUUCUUCGAAGCGAUAAAAAACAUCAUACGGAUCAUGAAGGAAAUCAAAAAGAUAAAACUGAAUUUGAAAAUGGAAAGGAACUACUCUCUAGUUAUUCAAGAUAAAGAAAGAAAAAACGAAUUGGUGAAGCUCAUCGAUUAUUUAUCAUACCAAAAGGAGGUGAGGAAAAAAUUGAAGAAGCAUUACUUUGACAAGAUAAAUAAGGGAUUGUUUACAUUCCUUCUAAGGAGUAACCGUGCCAACUUCUUCUUUACAGAGGAGGAGGUCAAAUUGCUCAAGCGAUGGAACGAAAUAAAGUACACAAAGAUGAGUAGUAAUUCGGGAGGGAACACCGAGGGGGAGGAGGGGGAUGGCGGUAGGACGUGCUGCCCUGGGAAGAGUGAUCGUUACGUGGAGGGGGGACUAUCGGACAGGAGAAAAAUCCUCCACCAGUUGAGGCAUUUAAAUAAUGCCAUUGGGCGGAAGGAGUACGCGGAGGAGGAAGCCAACGGAAGGGAUAACGCCUUGUGGACGAAUUGGGGUUACCCCCCCGGGGAAGCGCCCUGUCGUAGGCGCAGACAAAGGAAGAGCAAUAAUAUGAAGGACUCCAUCCGAAGGGGCUACCUGGCGAGUACCCCGUCGCGCAUCAUAUCCUACGAAUCAUACUUCACACAUUGCGAAAAGAACCAGAGAAACAUAUUUAACAUUUUUUUAUGUUUGAAAAAUGUAAAAAAGAAAUGCGUUUCGAAGAGGUUUAAAAGGAAGAUAAAGAAUGGGCAAAUAUAUUUGUCGAAGAUUUACCAUCGUGGGAAGAUGCUAAGCCAUGUGAAGUACAUUUUGGAGGAGGUGUUAAAAAGGAGACUCCCCGAGAUUGUGUCCCUACACAUUAAUGAUUGCUUCGUCGAUGGUACAAUUUCCUUUUUCAUUUCGCUACUGAUGCUUCUUUUUAAAAAUGUGAAUACGAUUAAGGUGAUUCGGUGUCACAUUUAUUAUGCAUAUCUUAGCGUUUUUUUGUCAUAUCAGAAAAGGAACAAACUGAGAAGCAUGCACUUUGUGUGCAACAGUAUCUUUUGGACGAGACCUCCAGAUUUUCGAAACUUACGCGGGAAGGUGCACUCCGCCAGGGAGCAGGACAGCUUCCUCCUCUACUUUAACACGAACUAUGUGAGGAAGCGGAAGAUGAAGAUGGAAGGAAAGGGGGAUCGAAGAUCCAACCUGCGCGUGGACGCCACGAGGCAGCGCUGUCGACGCGAAGAUUCGUUAGAAACUAGUUUGAAAAGUUGCCUCCGGGGAAGGGCCUCCCCCUCAAAUGGUGCUGCCACCGGGGAUUAUAGAAUAAUAGUGAAAAGGAAGAAAAAAGUUGCCCUUUUUGGCGUGGACGAGUUUUAUGACUGCUUCGUCUUGGGGAAGGAAGCAAACGUGAGGGGAGAAGCAGACGUGAGGGGCGAACCAACUGGGUUUGAGGAGCCAAAUGAAUUGAAAGAACCAAAUCCGUCGAAGGAACCAAAUGGGGUGGAUAAUCAAAGGAUGACGCUAAACAUCUCAGAGAACGCGCUAGACGACUCUGCGAACGCGAUAAAGAGCCCAGCUCACGCGUACAACAUCCACAGCGGCUCCGGGAGCGACGAAAACACGUCGGAAGAUUCUCUAAAAGAGGAACUGCACGAGUGUCUGUGUACAUUUCCGAGAAAAACAAUACAGCAAGCGAAUUUUUCCAUGUUAAAAAAAUUAAAGUUAUGCUCAAAUAAAUUAAAUGAUGAUGCGCUAAUGUACAUAUGCACACUUAUAAAAAAGGACAAGUUGAAAAAUCUCAAAAUUCUGGACUUACGGUGGAAUAAUUUUACCUACAGAAGCUUGUUAGCUCUGUCAUUGGCAUUAACAAACACGACUGUCAGUGAAGCAUCAGAGAGGAUACUCCGGAAAAAGAGAAAACUACACAAACUUCUCCUCUCCGGAAAUAACAUCAAAAGUCCCCUCUAUUCUUCAUUCCUCUCAAGUUUCUGUACAUGCAAUUUUAUUGUCGUAAAAAAAUUGGACUUCUCCAUGAACGUAAUAGACAAUGAUUCUUUCGCAAUCACGUUGAAAUAUUUUAAGCACAUUUUUCAGCUACAGAGAAAGAGGCCAGAAAAGAGACACAACAUUGGGGACGUCUUCAUAAAUCUUGAUCACAAUAAUUUGAAAGAUUCUCCUUAUAUUAACAAAUUGGCACAGCUUUUGAAGAAGUUUCCCUCAGGGGGAGAGAAGUCAAAUGGGGAGACCCCCACACAGGGACGCAGCUCAAUUGGUGAAGAAUCUCGACAAGGAGUCCUCCUCAGUUUGCAAUAUAAUAAUAUAAGAAGAGGCACCUUGGGUGAAGAUCUCGGGCGAGGGUCUACGUCACGGAUUAAGUUCUGA